CAGCAACAACAACAGAAGCGCAAACAACAACAGCAGCAGCAACAACAACAUCAGCUCCUACUUUUAUGGAAGAUUGUAAUAGCUUUCCUAAAACGAUCUGGUAUUGGCUACGAGAAGAACACCAAGAGUACGAGCCAUCGUUAGAGUGGGACUUGAGUGGGCGUUGUUCCUACGACACUGCUGGUCUCCCAGACUGUAGCAGCCCAUGUUCAGAUCAUUCCAUCCCACCGACCAUCGGUGAUUAUAACGGCACUUCUCUAUCGCUCAUCGGGCUCUCAGAAUCUCGCUCUACCUCCCAGCACGAAUGCACUGUGUCUCUCUCCAACAACUACAUCGUCUUUGGCUCCUUCCAGGAAACCUGCCUGGUCGAUCCGUCUCUCUGCGUUACUGGCUUCACCAUGGCGCUGUGGGUCUGGGUGGACCACGCUGAUAACCUAGGCGAGCGUUACCUCAUGACGACCGGUGGUGCUGGAGUCUUCGAUCGCGGGAUCGCCAUCAGGACGACUAAAUCGACUGCGCUCAGCCCUCUAGAGUUAUCCGUUCAGGUCACUGGGGAGGAUAUAUACACGGUCUCGACAACCGCUGUCCCAGACCAGGACUGGUUUCACCUGACCGUUGUCUACAGACCGUCAAGGGAGCUUCUCUUGCAUAUUAACGGUAUCGUAUCCAAUGAGACGAGUAGUAAUAGCGGGAGUUAUUCCGGUCUGGAAUCAGACCAGGAUGGCUUAUUCAUACUCGGCGCUGCAGUGAAUGACCUGAGUAACUCUAGUCUGCGACUCAAUGCUGAUGUUAGUGAGUUAAAGGUGUUCUUCAGUGACUUCUCAGUUAGAGAUGUUGAACUCUUUUAUCUGGGAUUUGAUCCGGGCUUUGAAGGAGAUCUGUGUGGAGAUUGGUUCUGUCCAAUUCAUGGUAACCUAUCUAGCUGGACUGAGAGUGGAAGUUGUAGCGUUGGCUGUGGGACUGACGGAACCAUCUUCCGGUAUCGUAACUGCUCUAAUCCUGCCCCUCAGUAUGGUGGAGAUGACUGCCUGGGUAUUACAGAAGAAUGGAUCGGAUGUGAAGAUGGGUCUACUUGCAAAGAUGAUGAAGAGAGCGCGCUCGGUGUUGCGCAGGGUAACAUCACCGACUCUUACCUCAGCCAAUCCAGUUGCUUGGAUAACAGCACGACCUGCGCAACGUCUGCGCGUAUUGGUAACACCGACAACACCUACUGCUGGAUACCGGCUAGCAAUGAUACCAGUGAAUGGCUGAUGGUGGAACUCGCAGAUAGUGUCACGCUACGAGCUGUUAGUACUACUGGGAGACCAUCUGACGCCAGAUACGUGACCAAAUAUCUAAUCUCAUACAGCAGCGAUGGGAAUAAUUGGAACUUAUACGAAGAGUCAGGAGACGUUAAGGUUUUCCGUGGUAACUACGACAACCAGAAUCUGGUACGGCAGCCAGUUUCCAUAGAAACGGAUGUGUCUUAUGUUAGAUUUCACCCGCUGUCUUGGCAUCAGCAGAUCUGCAUGAGAGUCGAGCUGUACGGGUUCUACAACCAGAUUGAUGGACAAUGGUCAGCGUGGAACUCAUGGGGUCCUUGUGAUGUGACAUGUGGUGGAGGCACCCAGUAUCGCAACAGGACCUGCGAGGGAACUAAGUAUGGUGGUCUUACAUGCCCAGACACUGACAGUGACAGCCAGAUCUGCAAUGACAAUCCGUGCCCAAUUGAUGGUAACUGGAGUGGAUGGACAACAGUCAUUGACUGCAGUGUGAGCUGUGGCUCGGAUGGGAUCUAUUAUCGGACGAGAGUAUGUGAUGAUCCAGAAGCGCAGUAUGGGGGCGCUAACUGCACUGGUGUGGACAACGAUUGGGAAGCAUGUACCGCACAACCACCAUGCUCAGGAGAUGAAGCAACUGCUCUUGGCAUUGGGUCCGGUACCAUACCAGAUAGUCAGUUAUCAGAAUCUAACUGUUCAUCUAAUGAUGACCAUUGUGCUAUAUGGGGCAGACUGGAUGCGUCAAAAUCAACGUGGUGCUGGAUGCCGCUUGCCUCUGCAGUAGACCCAUGGCUUCAGAUUGACCUUGUAGAUAGUGUCACUUUGACUGCAGUUGCUACUCAAGGUAGACCCUCUGACACCAACUAUGUGACAUCUUACUCAUUGAUGCUUAGCGAUAAUGGAAACAGUUGGAAUGACUACACAGAGAGUGGUAGUACCAAGCUAUUUCAAGGGAAUAUUGACAACGUAGACACCGUGCGACAUGAGUUGAGCAGCGUGGAUUCAACAACCCUGGUUCGAUUCCUACCCAAGUCAUGGAAUGGCUCCAUCUGUAUGCGUGUUGAGCUAUAUGGAAAAUUCAAUCCAAUUGAUGGUGGCUUCAGUGAGUGGUCAUCAUGGGAUUCCUGUACAGUAACAUGUGGAGGUGGUACUCAUGCACGAUCUAGAACAUGUGACAACCCAUCAGCUAAGUACAACGGUGCUGACUGCGUGGGAGAUCUGUCUGAGACUGAAAGCUGCAGUGAAAAUCCCUGCCCAAUUGACGGAGCGUACGGUGCAUGGAUUGACGUAACCAACUGCUCGAUUGAUUGUGGUCUGGACGGCACGCUGAUGCAGGAACGUUACUGCGAUAACCCAGAGCCUCAGUAUGGUGGAGCUAACUGCACAGGGAUCAGUGAACAAUGGGUGGGAUGUACAGUCGUAGCAACAUGCUCUGUUUCUGAUAACUAUGCUCUUGGCAUGAUUGACAGCACCAUCACAAACGCAAUGAUCACAGCGUCAGAGGCUGAUGGAAGCUAUGAUGGGAGUCGAGCUCGAUUGGAUGAAAGCCAAGCAGACUAUGCAUGGGUACCAACUAAUCCGGACACAGGUGAUUAUCUUCAGAUUGAGUUACCGGACACCAUUACCCUAAAGAGGGUGGCAGUGGAAGGGCGUACGCCUAGUAAUAAUGCUGAUCAGUGGGUCACUACAUACACUCUCUCUACUAGUAUGAAUGGGACAGACUGGGUGGAUUAUCAAGAAGCUGGAGUAGUCAGGGUAUUCCAGGGAAGUUUUGAUGCUGGUACAGCCGUGACCUCUACCCUAGCUAACCCCAUCUCUGAAGCCAACUAUGUUCGUUUCCAUCCAGUGACUUGGUACAAUGCUAUUGCACUGAGGGUUGAGCUAUAUGGAUUGUAUAACCCAAUUGAUGCCAAUUGGAGUGAAUGGACUACCUGGACUUCCUGCUCAGUAACAUGCGCUGGAUCAACAGAAACACGCUCACGUACUUGUGAUGACCCGGCCGUUAAGUAUAACGGUAUCGAUUGCCCGGUACUGGAUGCCGCCUCUCAGAGCAGAGAAUGCAACACACAACCCUGCCCAAUUGAUGGUGACUGGACUGCAUGGUCUUCCUGGGCCUCUAUCUCUUGUACAAUCUCCUGCGGGACUCAAGGCAUGAAGCAUCGGACUCGUACCUGUACUGACCCCCCACCGCAGUACAACGGCAGCGAGUGUGCCAGCCCGGACUACACUGAAGAAUUCCAAACGUGCGACGCUAGCAGCGCUUGUGGAGAUAAUUAUGAAGCUUUAGGAAUGACGGAUGGACGAAUCAGUGACGACCAAAUCACUGCUUCGUCUGUUAGAUCAGUGACUGACAACCAAGCUUGGCACGGUCGUCUCAGUAUCGGAACUACUAAUGGUGAGCUGUGCUGGGAACCAGCCAACAAUACAGAACCUCACUGGUUACAGAUAGAUCUAACCACACCGGCCUUGAUUACUAUGGUGGGUGUACAAGGCAUGGAGAGUGGGGACCAGUGGGUGACGUACUAUAAUAUUUCAUUUAGUACGGACGGUGUGACAUGGGACACUUACCAGGAUGUCAAUGGAGAAACUCAGAUAUUUUACGGGAAUAUCGACAAGACUGGUAUAGUGAAGACGGAGCUGAAUUCUGCAGUAUCUGAUGUGGUUUCUGUUCGCUUCCACCCCCAUGAGUGGAAUGACUAUCCAUGCCUCCGCACUGAAAUCUACGGAAUGUACGCCCCAACAGAUUGUGUUAGCAGCAUUUCACUGGUCAGUCUUGUAUCAGAGGAGACAGGAAAUCCCAACUACCUUGAGAUUAAUCUAGGUUCAUUGAAGACAGUGACCAUGAUUAGCACCCAAGGUACAUCAGGCAAAUGGCUUAUUGGAUAUGAAAUGUACUUCAGCCAGAACAACGUGGACUGGGCACUCUACGUUGAAGGUGGAAGUGCAAGGGUUUUCAUUGGAAACACUGAUGACAGUGAUUAUGUCACCAACCCGCUCCUCAAUGCAAUUGAUGCAGUUUACCUAAGACUAGUACCCACUUCAGUCAACAGCGACCUGUCGAGCAAUGUGAAAGUGUACGGAUGUGCUUCACUAAAUACAGCGGAUGAAGCGCCAUCAACGACUGUUUGUUUUGAGUCAUCUGGGAUUCCCAACUAUAUAUUUGAUAUGGACCUCAUCACAACCUCGUCCAUUCUGAAUUUCACUGCCAGCACCAACGACACUGCACCCAGCAACACCACCAAAUACCACCCACGAUACGCCCAUCUACACAACCCAGAUAUCCACCCAGUGGAAGGAAUCAAUGGGUGGGUGUCGGAGCCUGGAAGUCUCCUCAGCUCGUUGGAUCAAUGGUUGAUGAUUGAUUUUGAGUCCAGGAUGACCAUUACUGGAUUGGCUCUUCAGGGUGUUCUAUUACCAGAGGGGGACGUGGGAAUCGCUGAGUUUAGCCUGCAUUAUAGUCUGGAUAAUGUCAUAUGGAAUACCAUGCGGAAAAUGAACAGCAAUGAGACACAAAUUCUGGCAGGCCCAACGGAUAGUAUCGAUGUAACACUCAUUGAACUGACUGCUGAUGGGGAUACUGACCUUCGACCUUUGACCCUUCGCUACUUACGCAUACAGUCAGAGGUCAAUACAACUGAUCCAGUUGGAUUGAGGCUUGAGACAUAUGGAUGUUCUGCUGCUGUUGACUCUGUUUGCAAAGAUGGCUGGUCAGUAUUUGAGAAUUCUUGCUACAAGUUCUACCAGGCCGAUAAACAGGACUGGGACGGUGCCCAGAGUACAUGUGUGAAUGAAGGUGGCCGUCUCGCAACGAUCAACUCUGUCCGUGAACAAGACUUCCUGGCAAACUUCCCUCGCGUCUACCCUGAAGAUGACUUCCUGAUCGGCCUGAACAGACGAGCAGACUUCAAGGAGUUUGUCUGGAGUAACGCCACGUUCUACUCUUACUCUGCAUGGGCUAAGGAUCAACCCACGGGUGGCAAGUUUGAUGAGUGUACGGCGCUGUCUAAGGAGAUGAAUGGACGUUGGGUCUCGGUGGAUUGUAGUGAUAUGAGGAGCUAUGUGUGUGAAUAUCAGAGGGAGUCUACUACCUAUGUGGUCUGCGGUGAGAACGAUUGGCUUAUGGCCUGUCCCUAUGACCACAAAGUCAAUGUUACAACUGCCCAAUGGGGGCGCACUUCCGACUGGCUCACCUGCCCCCAAGAGACCCCUUUAACUGCAUCUGCACUACCGUGUUCAUCAGACACCAUAGAGGGCGACAUUGAUACAGAAUGUCACAAUGUGACUCGGUGUAGCGGUCUUGUAGAUGAGUCUAUGUAUGGCUAUCCUUGCUCCGACGCAGACAUGCAUUUAUAUCUCAAUACUACGUAUGAAUGUGUAAAAGAUGACAUCAACUACGCGCGUGCCUGUCAAGAUGACUUCCUGUACCUCACAUGCCCUCCUGAUGACCAGGUUCUACACAUUGUCACAGCCAUGUAUGGCCGCACUAUGGAUAACUCAGUAUGUCCGGGACCAGACCAUAACGUCAUUACAAACUGCACCUCAUCAAACAGUCUCCAGACUGUGCGCACAUACUGCGAGGGCCACCAUUCCUGUAAGAUAGCAGUUGAGGUUACGGCCUUUGAUGACGAUCCGUGUGUUGGAGUUGUGAAGUAUCUUGACGUCAACUACACGUGUGUCUACAAUGAAAUCAUCAUACCUGACGUUUAUGAGUACCAGGGAGACUGUGAAGAGGGAUGGUUGAAGCAUGAUUACCGGUGUAUCCGAGCCUUCCCCAAUGCAUCCAUUAAGUUUGAAGCUGCUGAUGAUGAAUGUAAUAAAGAACACGGACAUCUUGCUGGAGUUCCGGGCUCUAAUACACAGUCCUUCCUAGAGGGUCUUCUAACUGACUACUCGUCUGGCAUCAACUACUGGAUUGGCUGCGUACAGACAGAUAAUAACACGUGUAGAUGGCGUGAUGGAAUCGGACAUGAAUUCACAGAUUAUAACUCGCAGUAUGUGUCAGUUGGUGGAGAACGUUGCAUCGAGCUGAGGGGAGAUGAGAAUUACAAGUGGGAGGACGCAAGAUGCGAUUCAGAAAAUGCAUUCAUCUGUCAGCAAGACUGCAUGUUAACAUUUGGCAUGAUGGAUAAAACCAUCGGGAAUCACCAGCUCACCGUCUCAAGCACCAAGCUGAUCGCUACGCUAGACUCCUUCAAGUGGGAUGCUCGCCUCCAUGCCCCGUACGGAGCGUGGAUCGCUGGUGAGAGGGAUACCAGCCAAUUCUAUCAGAUUGAUUUUGAGCGUGUGAUGAGAGUGAAGAAGAUCGCAACUCAGGGGCAUCCUAAAUAUGAGUAUUGGAUUGAGGAAUAUCGGCUGGAUUAUUCCGUUAACGCUACGGCCAACGGGUCCAUGUGGAUGACGUAUCAGGAAGAAGGAGAAGACAAGCUAUUCCAAGCCAAUACAAACAACACCUCCGUUGCCUACCAAUACUUUGACCAUUUCAUGUUUGCUCGUUAUUUGCGUCUUGUACCUCUGAACUGGACUGGUGAGAUUGCGCUGAGAGUGGAAGUCUAUGGAUGCUAUCUGCAAGAUGACAAACCUGAGGUUCUUGAAGUUGUGAACGUGACCAAACUCCACUAUGAAUACAAUGGAACAAUCCAGUGCCAUGCUUUUGGCAUACCAGUCCCAACAAUGCGUUGGGAGCGCGAUGGUUUCCACUACACCGGGGGCGUUAAUGCGACUAUCGUAACCUAUCAGGAGGACGACUAUCACAUGAUCUCAGAGGUGCGGUUCCAUCCGCUGAGUGAUGACCGAGGCUUCUACACAUGCGUUGCGGAGAAUAUGUACGGGUCCAAUAGGAAGUCAUUCUACAAUCACAAAGGUUUGCCUACUUAUCUUGGAGGUAACAUCCGCUGUGAUGAUGAGGUCUUAGAAUACAUCUGCCCUGAAGGACAGUAUAUUAGAAUAACCAGUGCAUCCUACGGUCGACUACAGAAUGAAAAAUGCAUUAUCUAUGAUGAUUAUUACCCAACUGAUUGUGAAUAUGACGCUGAUACAGUCAUGCAUAGGUUAGAGAGACAGUGUAAUAAUAAACGCCAUUGCAUGGUUCAUAUCAGUCAGACUAUGUUUGCAGAGACUGGGGUAUCUUACCCACAGUGUGAUGGCUUCCCACUCUACGUCAAUGCCACCAGGGAAUGCAUCGGUAUGGGAUGGACACCUUGGUUUAACUAUGAUGACGGUACCAGUAGAGAUUUUGAAACAAGAAGCUGGGUGUUAGCGACAUAUCCCAGUGAGAUGUGCAAAUCACCCCAUGGUAUUGAAUGCCGUUUAGCCGGUAACCAACAGCCCUACUACACUGCUGGUCAGAUACUAGAAAGCAGUUGUAGUCUCACCAGGGGUUUGGUUUGCAAUGAUGAGGACCAGUCCAACGGUGGAACAUGCGAAGACUACGAGACCCGCUUCUUGUGCCCGCAAGAAUACCUUGGAGUAGGUGAAGUAGAGUCAGCAAUAGAGUGUGACAGCGAGGAACUACACAUCUUAUGUCUAAAUAAGAGAUAUAUUGAAGUGUAA